ACUAUGGUUCCGACUCUUGCGUUGAAAAUUGUCAUUUUAUCGAUUUCGUGAAUGUUGCGUCCCACUUCGUUUGUGACGGAAACAGAAAGGUUGGUCGUAAUUCUACGCAGUUUUCCGCCGUCUAGUUCCUGUUAGCUGUAGUCGUAGGGACUACACUUCCAAUAGAACAAGCGCUAAAAGAACGAUUCCAGCGGCUAACGUAGUGCUUGCAAAGAAAUUGCGUGCAGCACCCACUGACAGCGCACGGAAGCCUUUCGCAGUUGCCCACUGUCAAAUUGCUCGCUCGCUCGCUCGUCUAGGAGGCGUACCAGGCCGGGAUUAACGCAGUAAGCGAAAGAUAGUUUGUGAGUGGAAGAAAUAUCGGAAAUCGUACUGCUGACUGGCACAGAUACACGUGCGCAUACAUUAGCACCCGAAAGUACCGUAUUUCCCGUGUGUUUUGCUGCCGACGAGGUCUUGCGUGAACGUGGAAAAAAGGGAACUUAAACAAAUAUGGCUGCUCUACCCCGUAGAAUAAUCAAAGAAACGCAGCGUCUGAUGCAGGAACCCGUCCCCGGUAUCAGUGCCAUACCGGACGAACAGAAUGCCCGUUACUUUCAUGUCAUCGUGUUCGGUCCCGAGGAUUCACCGUUCGAGGGCGGUCUGUUUAAGCUAGAGCUGUUCCUACCCGAAGAUUAUCCGAUGUCGGCACCAAAAGUGCGUUUCAUAACAAAGAUCUAUCAUCCAAACAUCGAUCGUCUGGGACGGAUCUGUCUAGACAUUCUUAAGGAUAAGUGGAGCCCAGCACUGCAGAUUCGUACCGUGCUGUUGUCGAUCCAGGCACUGCUGAGCGCACCCAACCCAGACGAUCCGCUCGCGAACGAUGUGGCCGAGCUGUGGAAAGUGAACGAAGCGGAAGCGAUUCGAAACGCCAAGGAGUGGACGCAACGGUACGCGAACGUCGACAACUAGAUUCUGAAUAAUCAAUUUCCUUAAACUACACACAAUAACUUUUUUAAAAAAAGAAAAACAUUGUAACGAACACGGCGACAGAAAUACAUGCGGCAAAAAAGCAGCCCCAGCAGCAUCAGCAGCAGCAACAGCAGCUCCAGUUUCCUCCUUUCUUCAGUAUCUCAAGCAGAGAAAAUCGCUCUACGGGAGAUGCAAACGCGUGCGCGUGUGUGUGUGUGGGUGUAAGUGCGUAAGUGUGUGCGUGUGUCCACAGGAAUUUCUACAAAUUGAACAUCAUCAUCCAAGCAGGCAACUGUCAAAAAUGUUUAGCGCGAAAAUUUGCAAACAAUAGAAGAAACAAACACGCAGCAUCCCCAGCUGUAAUAUGAUGAAGUGGUGCAGUGAAAACACGGUUACAUUCAUCGACAUUGUUGAAUCAUGCAGUCUUGCUUCUAAAUUGUACGAGCUUGUUUCCAUGUUCAAUAGUGUGUGUCCAUGGUUCCACAUAGAACCUCCACCAUUUCGAACAACAGCGACCAUAGCAGCAGUAAGAAAAAAGCAGAACAAAUCAAAACAUUUCCACCACUCGCGAUGGGAAGUCUUACAUAUGAGCAAAACAAUGGCAUCGACAGCACGGUAGCACGAGGAAAUAUUCACCUUAAGAUCAAUUACUACAUCAACGAAACGAAAAAAAAAAAUCCCGUGGAAGAUAGUGUGCGAUGUCCAUGGAGGCUCAUAUCGGGAAGAUUGGAAUUUUCUGCUGCAAAUCAGGUGAGAAAACGGGAGAAUGCAACCGUUUAUCAGGAACGUGACAAAUUAUUCGAUCAUGCAUUGCUGUCUGACACCUAGAUAUCAAUAAAAUUAAUAACGUUAUUCGCAAAACAAUCGCAAAGGACUCGGAAAUGGUAAAUUAGAACAAAAAUCUCUUCAUAAUUUAGAUUGUACCGGGCUUGUUCAAAGAGUAAAGCGAACUUUCAUAUUUAUCGGGCAACAAGAAUGAAAUCUUUGCUUCGUUUAGUUUUGUUUAGUUAGUUUAAAUGGUGAGCAACGUGUAAGCUGACGCAGUACUGUACCAUUUACGUGAUAAACAGUGAAUAAAAGAUUUGAUUCAGUCGGUGAUUUUGUACCUAACUAGAGAUAUGGACUAUAACAAAAAGAACAGCAUUAUUGGUAUAAAAUGUAUGAAAAAUAGAGAGACAUGAGGUGUGGUAUAUUAUUUUUCAUGUUUGUGAUUUUGUAUAAAAUUGCCGCCAGAAUCAAACAUGUUUAGCACUUAUAUCGCUCAUCAAAUGUAACGUAAAUAUGUUAGACACAUAACUGUUUAUCAAGGAAAACGAAAAACAAGCAUCGCAUUUGUUGUACCGGAUUGGUUUGAAAUGUCGCUUUACCUUUUGAACUGACCUUACCUCGUACAAUGCGGAAAAAAGUACAAUGGUUUAGGGAAAUUAUGAAAUCAAGGGCGAAAGGUGAAUUUUUUUUUCUUAAAACCAUGCAAAAUAAAGCUCCUAUCUAACGAUAGCUCUAUUCCUUACAAUCUGUGCUAGGGUAGUAUCACUUCUUUCAAAGGGGGAAGAAAUUAAAAAUUAAAGUGCAUGUGCAAACUCGUAACAUUACUACUAUUUACUAAAGCUCGAGCCUUACAGCAGAUUAUGUACUUUUCUUGGUUGAAAUAGUUUCAAUGAUUACCCUUUUUCCUCUACUACUCGUGCACGGUUCGUUCAAGUCGUAGUAUCGUUUCUCUUGAAUUGUUUAUGAAAUAUCGUGUAUUGCAAUUAUCUUUUGCAAACACCGCAAACAAAUAUUUUGGACAAAUUCACUCUAAUUAGAUUAGAUAAAGAGAAAGAUGAGGCAAGGCGAAAGUAAUCCAAAAGACACAAGAUGAACGUUAGGGAAAGGAAGAAAAAGAAACCAAAAGUGCUGCCAGAGAAAAAAUAUACUAAAAAUCUACAGCAAGCCGCUGACGCAUGAUCCCGAACGUGUAUCGGAAAAUCUGGAACGUUUACACGAGCACCAAAUCGGCCACACAGUAAAGAGCACAGAUACACUUAUAACUCGAUUCUUGAAUAGCUGCAAAUAUAAAGAUAAAUCGCAUACACUUACAACAGCUCACAAUGCAUACAACUCUUUCGCGAAUUGGUAGGACAAAUGGAAUUUAAAAUAACUUUGUGAAAAGGAACCGAAUGCACUGAAAUGAUGCGACAAACCGAUGUGUUUGCAUCGGAUAGGGAAGGGGCAUGAACGUGAAUAGUACGCGGAACUGGUAAACUAAUUUACCAAUGCGAGAGAUGCAACAAAUUCAGCAACACAUUUGUGCUACACCUAUGAUAUGAGGAAAGUUAUUAUAAUGAUGGCCACCAAGAAAAGCAUUCAACUCGCAAAACUCUAUUUCACUACACAAAAACAACAUGAGGAGAACAAGUGAAAACAAACAAAAAAACAAGUAAACACUCAACGGAAACAGUUGUAUAUUAGAAUGAGGAUUAUAAAUAAUUGAGCGAAAACUAUGA